UAGUCGCUUUACAUUUCUGUGGCGAUUGACACAUUGUGCUGUAGGUGAGGGUUAAAGUGGUUGAAGAUGUCUCAGAUGCUGCUGCUGAGGCUGUUUAUCAGCGAGCGACUGAGUGCGGCUGCAGAGGAGAUCUUUGCAGCGGUGCAGAGGUCGAUGACAGAGCACACAGGGGACCAGCAUAGACAAGAAGUGCAUCUACACAGUGAAGAGACGCCGCAGAUCUUUGUCUGUCAUGACCAGAAACACAAGCAGGAGUGCAGUCCUGAGAGUGACCACAGCAACCCUAGUGUGGGCCACAAUGACUUUGGUCUGCGGGUCCCAGAGCCUCCAGCAAUCAAACAGGAACAGCAGGAGCCAUGGAGUCCAGGAAGACCACAGCUACCACAUAUGGAGGACCAUGAUACCAGCACUUUGACAGUGACCUCCACCUCCAUGAAGAGUUGCAUUUUCUCAGACAUGACUGAGUUACAAACUCAUGACACAGGGAAUGAAGACAGAAAGCCUGACACAUCAGGUGACCACAGAGAGGUUAAGGGAAACCUUCAGCCAAGCAGUGAAUGUUGGACUCUGUUGCCAGAUUGUCUGGUGACCCUGAAUAACAUAGGGCCUGAGUUAGGUUUAGAAACACUGACAGGCUACGGUAUCAGUAAAGUUCACACGCAGAGCCACACAGGGAGAAACCAGCUGACUAAAAGUUGUGAACCACACAGCCCAAUUCCAUCAAAUAAAGAGGCAAAGAGAGGAGUCAAAUCCUACUGCUGUCGUUUCUGUGGCAAAAAAUUCAGCCACAUUGCACAUCUAACCAGACAUACUCAAAUCCACACCGGUAAGAAACUGUUCACCUGUGAAGUGUGUGGUAAAGAGUUUCGACAUGGCAACAGUGUGACUGUGCACAUGAGGAUUCACACGGAAGAGAAGCCAUACCGCUGCAGGAUUUGUGGAAAAGAGUUCCGCCACGUGGGCAACUUGAACGUACAUAUGAGAAUCCAUACAGGAGAGAAACCCUACAGCUGCACAGUAUGCGGGAAGAGGUUCAGUCGAAAUAAUCUGAUGACAAAACACAUGUCUGUACACACAGGUGAAAUGAAGAGUGUGUGAAGAAGAGGUUCAGUUGGUGUAAAAUUCAGUUUUCUGGGGACAGAUAGUAAAUCUGCUCUUCCUGUAUAGAAUGACUGCUGAUGUAAUGGGAAAAACACGAGUUACAAUUAAUAGUUGUGAUUCAUCUCAACUAUUAUAUACCUUCGUUUGUAAAUUAAUUAUUGUGAAUUGAUUUUGAGCAUCAAAUAUGAUUUUAUAUGUAAAAUCCUGAUAUUUUAUACAUUUCAGGUGGUAUAUAUUCUACCCACUUUGUAUAGUGUCUCUUAACAUCUUUGACUGAAGAUGAUGCAGAGGUUAAACUGCUUAAAAGUCAGAUCUAAGUUCCUGGUUCCUGUAGCUCAAAGCUCGAUACUGAGAUGUAACUGGUCAGACUUUGUUAAUAAACUCUUAUGUUAACCUUAAUUAAAAUAUUAUUUAUUUCCAA